AUGUCCGAGCAAGCCCAAGUUGCAACCGACGUUGCGCAUGAGCAUCGCGUCCGCAACUUUCGCUGCUUCGCCACGCGAAACUCCGUCUCAUGGUUCUGCAAGGCGUUGAGUGAUGUUGCAUCCACGAGCUACCUUGCGCCAGCGAACGACGGGCGUGGCGGCUUUAUGGCGGUGCAUAGAGCGGAGAUCGACACAAGUGCACCUUUCCGGUCGGUCAAAGAGGCUGUGAUGCUGUUCGGCGAGAGGGUUCUGGCCGGCGAGGUGUACGCCGGCAAACUUAAAGAGAUGCAGGAAAAGACGAGCAAAUACGAUCACGGGACAAUCGCAUCUGAGCUUGAGGAGACGAAACAAAGCCUUCAAAAGGCUCGUGAGGAGACCGCCAAUAUGGCUCGAUAUAUCUCCUCAUUACAAAAGGAACUCGAACAAACCAAACGGGAGCUCGAGAAGCUCAAAGCCCGUGUGUUGGAUUUCGAGACGGAGGACCUCAAAUACGUCGAGAGCGCCAAACAAAUAACCGAGCAAGUGAAAACCGAGACGCAUGAAAGCAAUAUUAAUGUCGAGUUCCAAAAGAAGAAAUGUGUGUCGUUCUCAAAUCAUCCGCCCGUUGAACACAUGGCAGUUCAGUCGCCACUGUUAGCUGGCGAGGAGGCGGCCAUGCUCGAGAGGCACCCAUCGAUGAAGAAGAAGAAAAGAAAGCAACUCAUUCCCCUUAUUGGAGGGAUUUUCUCCAAGAAGAGUUUGGCUUGA